CGCAGGCCCCGCCUCAUGACCUGGAAGCGCUGGCCGGAGGGGUCGGCGGCACAUGGCGGCGCCCAGCACCGCGACCCGGCGUGGGGGGGGACCCCGGAGUCCGGCCGUGACCUCCGACCUCUGGCCCACCCGCACCGCCCCCGCGGAGCCAUGAGGCUGUCCUGGGCCCGUGCCCUGCCCCGGGGGCUCUGGGGCAGCUGGGGACCCCCGCAGGUUGCUCGGAGCCUGUGCCAGCGCAGCAGCCGCCCGGCGGGGGACCCGGCAGGGCAGUCCUGGGGGGACGCCUCGGGGGACACCUCCGGGGACGCCUCGGGGGACACCUCCGGGGACGCCUCGGGGACCCCGGCGUGGCGUGACACCGCUCGCAGGGCGCAGGACGAGGACCGAGGUCCUGCGGCCUUCGCAGCGGCGCUGGCAGCGCUGGAGCAGGCACCUGGACGGCGUGUGGGGCGGCUGGAGCUGGUGGCGGCAGCGCUGGCAGCGAUGCCAGCACUGGGGGUAGCGCGGGAGCGGGAGGCCUACCACCGCCUGCUGCGCCUGCUGCCCCGUGGGCCCUGGGUGCCCCGCGGGCCCUUCCAGCGCAUGCUGGCCCCCUUUCCCCGGCAGCAGGAGUGCGGCAUCCAGAUCCUGGAGCAGAUGGAGAGAUAUGGUGUGGUGCCGGAUGCAGAGACACGGUUCCUGCUCCUGGGCAUCUUCGGGCCCCACAGCCGCCCCAUGCGCAAGUGCCAGCGGCUGCUCUACUGGCUGCCACGGAUGCGCCACGUGGACCCCUACCCCCUGCCCGCCCGCCUGCCACCGUCUGGCCUGGCCACUGCCCACCUGGGCCUGCGCCGCAUCGCCAAUGACCUUGAUGCCCGCAUCACUGUCUACCAGCGGCCAGUGCCGGACGAGGGGGAUGACGAGGGCUCCGUCCAACCCUACAUCAUUGUUUGGGGUUCCCAAUGCUGGCAUGGGGUCCUCAUCUCCCUCCCCACAGGCGCCCAGAGCCCAGACCAGCAGGCGCUGCUGGCUCAGCACGGCCCGGCACAGCCCGUCUUCGUGGAGGGUCCAUUCCCCCUCUGGCUGCGCAGCACCCGCCUGUGCUACUAUGUGCUGCGGGGGGACCCCCUGCCUCCCCACCUGCGGGAGGAACCCCCAGACCCUGAGCGCAGCCUGUACUACCCCCUGACCCUCGACCUGGACCUGGAGCGUGGCCCCUGGGAUGACGAUGACUUCGAUGUGGAGGAGGUGGAGGAGGGCCCCGUCUUUGCGCUGUGCAUGGCGGGGGCUGGUGACCGGCACACCCUGAGCAAGUGGAUUGCCGGGCUACAGGAGGCAAACCCCAUCCUGGGGCGCACCCCAGUCAUCUUCCGCCUGGAGGAUGGGGACACCCCAGCUGGCGCCCCCGGGGGUCCCCCUGCACCCCAGCUGGGGGCGGUGCCUGCCCCGCCGGUGGUGCUGGAGGCCCCCGGCCCACCGCGGGGGCGCAGCCGCAGCACCGGGGGCGAUGCCACCGGUCCCGGGAGAGGUGGGGGGCCGGGCGUGCCCCCCACAGCCUCGGAGGAAUAAAGGAGGUAUCGCCGACGGA